AUGGAAGACCAGGCGCUGUUUGAGCAACACCAUAAGACUGGGCAGACUUUUAGCUACGGAACGGCGGGCUUUCGGAGCAAAUCGGACGGGUUAGACCCUGUCAUGUUCGCCGUGGGAGUCGUUGCCGGAAUUCGGUCCAUGUUUUUGGAGGGAUCGGUUGUGGGCGUUAUGAUCACAGCGUCGCACAACCCCCCAGAGGACAACGGUGUCAAGAUCGUGGACCCGCGGGGCGAAAUGAUGGAGCAAUCAUGGGAAAAGUUGGCUACACAGGUCGCGAAUUCGGCUUGCGAAAGUUACGAAGCGUUCUGCCAUGCUGUGAGCGUUGUGUGUAUGUCUGUAGGCGUCAAGCGGAGUGCUAUGAAGGGCCGUAUUGUUGUGGCUCGGGAUUCGCGGGCAUCUGGUCCUCGACUCUUGCAAGCGUUUCUUGCCGGCGUGAAAUGGGUAGGCAACGUGGAAGCGUACGACUAUGGGACGUUAACGACACCGCAAUUACAUUUUUUGGCGAGUCAGUCAAACAUUGGGAAGCUCGAGGACAAGACCUCGGCCGCGCCGCUUCCCCGCGUUCACGAGACUGCUUAUUACGACACUUUCCUUUCCGCAUGGACCAGUAUUGCGCAGAUAGCCGGUUUCGAUUCCUUACCGUACCCGGUCACAAUCGAUGCGGCCAACGGUAUCGGAGCCGCCAAAGUUCGUGAAAUGUUGCUGAAUCACCCUUUUUUCCAAAAGGACGUCUCGCUUGUGAACGCAGAUUGGCACGCUGCGGCGCUGCUUAACCACCAAUGUGGCGCAGAUUUUGUCAAGACCAACCAGCGAUUGCCACAAGGUGUCGAAGGUUCGCGUGCUGGUAUCAAUUGUUCCUUUGACGGUGACGCUGACCGGGUCGUGUUUUACUUUUGCGACUCAGAGGCCAAGUUCCACCUUUUGGACGGUGACAAGCUCGCAACUUUGCUCGCGCGGUUUUUCAAAACUUUGCUCGAGGACGCCGGUGUCCAGGAGCAGGUUUCACUAGGCGUGGUCCAAACCGCGUACGCGAACGGCAGCUCGACGGCGUACAUCGAGCGCAUCCUACAAGUACCUGUGUCGUGCACACCCACGGGUGUCAAACACCUACACCAUGAAGCGGUCACUCGUUUUGACAUCGGCAUCUAUUUCGAAGCUAACGGCCAUGGAACCGUAGUUUUCUCUCCCCAAGCACUCCAGAAGUUGCAGGACAAGCUUGAGACCGUUGAAGUGGGGCCACAUGCCCAUCGCGCACUCCAACUGAUCCUACUGUUCUCAAAACUCAUCAACCAAACCGUGGGAGACGCAAUUACGGACAUGUUAGCGAUCCUUGCGGUUCUUUCGAUCCUAAAGUGGUCCCCCGAGACCUGGGACAGUGAGUACACGGAUUUACCAAACAAAUUGGUUAAGGUUGUCGUCCCCGACAGAACUAUUUUCAAGACCACGAACGCUGAACGUCAAUUGACGUCUCCUCCGGGCCUACAAGCCAAGAUUGAUGCCGCCAUUGCGCGCGUCUUGCGAGGAAGAUCGUUUGUAAGGGCUAGCGGGACCGAGGAUGCGGUCCGCGUCUACGCAGAGGCGGCUACCGAGACGGAAGCGCAUCUCUUGGCUAAAGAGGUCGAUGAGCUAGUCCGCACCUACUGA